AUGGGAAUACCAUAUAGCAAGCAAAUCAAUGCCGCUUUCGACCAAGGCGACAUCGCAGUAACGCCUCUCGUGGCAGAAGGUUUCGAAGUCCUCCAAACGACACGCAACAUCACCUUCCUCCUCGCUGAAAUCCAAGUCUUGACUGUUGUCCUUCUUUUCCUAAUUCUCAUCGCUCUGGCUAUGCUGCUCGUGACGUGUAAUCCUGAUUUGGAUCGCGAAAGACAAGCGCUAGUCACGCCUGUAAUGAGAUGGUCGGCAAGCUGGAUUAUG